CUCACUGUGAGAGUGAGCAGCGCGGAGCAAGGCGGCGAUACUGGUUGAACACCCUUAGAUGCCCAGCAGCCAAACCGAGAUCUCGGCCGCGAAAUCAUGGCAGGCAAAGUGGCAGGAAUCGUUUGUAUUUGUCUCUGCAUUGCCCUCGCUUCUGCACAGAGCAGCAAUAUGACUUCCACUAGAACUACCAGCAAUGAGACCACAACAUCAGAGAUUACUACAUCUGAGAAUACAAGCACAACAAUAGUCAGCAGCACACAAAGUAGUGUGGUGCCAGUAUCCAAUACAACGGGAACAACUGCAGUGCUGUCAACAUCUAACACAACAGAAGCAACUGCAGUGCUGCCAACAUCCAAUGCAACACAAAAGGCCAAUGCAACAUCUACAUCCAGUGGACCUGAAAAUACAACCACAGUUGUGACGCUGUUGGGCACGAAUUCCACCCAGACCACCACAGUCAACCAGUCCAACACCAUAAAGCCCACUGGAUCUCCCACUGAAAACAUGACAGAAGUGAAAGACACAGCUUCAGUUCCGACCUUUGCUGGAACAGCAGCAGCUUUCACUCCAAAAAAGCACCGACUGGACUCUGGACUGAUUAUUCUUAUUGUAAUCCUGGUGUUAAUUUUAAUUGUUGGGGUGCUCAUCACCGCGGUGAAAUAUUCGCAGCAAGGGAAGCCCGAAUUUAAGCGGCUCCAGGAAGUGCCAAUGAACAGCUUGAAUGAAGAAGUGCCUUUCGCUCAGUAUCCACCCAAAUAAUCCUGAAACCUGCCUUGGCUGCCUGAGAAUGUUCUGGAAAUGAUACAAUGCUCAACUGGCACUUACUUACUCACUAUCUCUUUCACCUCUUGCUCUCUCGCUCAUUCUCUUCCCACUUGUACCAUUAUUGCUCAGUAACCAUUUAGCAUGGAGAGCUAACCCCAUCUAACCUAACUGCUGUCAUGAAGCUUGCUCCCCUGCUUUAGUUUUUGGCACUCUACAAUGGAAAUGAUAACACAUGGCUAAUUUUGAAUGCAAGGACACCACAACUGUGUGACUUUAACACUAUUUUUCCCCAAUCUUUGAUGCUGCAAAAGGAAUUUGUCUCCUGAGCCUUAAUAGGUUAAAGUUUGAAACAAAACAUUUUCUCUUUGAACAGACUGUAUACUUUUUUUUAAAUGGAAUUUCAAUCACUGUGGCAGUUCACUUGCUUUUGUGACUGUCCCGAUAAUAUAUUGAUGAUUCAGACAAGGAUUUGAAAUAAGACAUGGAAUUCCUUCUCCAGCCCCCCAGUAAGUGUUGCCAAAGGGUGCUUAACAGGGGGAGGGGUGUUGUUUGGUCAUCUUGAAGGAAAGAUAAUACUGUUUUCAACAGCAAAACGUUAAUGUUAAAUUGCCACAAAUUUCGGUGAGGUUGAUGGCCCAGUCACUCCACAGCAAUUGUGGGGAAAAGGGCGGGGCCAAAGUAAAGGUCACUCUCUCUGGCAAUUGGCUGCAGGCUUUUCCGUCUGACUCCACAACAACAAAGCAAAAUUUGCCAGAUGAUGCACAGGAGCAUUACCAGACCAAAUUGAGACAGAAAGGGAGACAUGUGAGAGAGUUUAGACAAAAGGAAUAGAUUUCCAAUAUUCUUCUUAAGGAGGGGAUGGAGGGCAAGGAAUGUUUAGGGAGGGGAUUCUGGAGCCUGUGGCCCAGGUAGUGGAAAGCAUAGCUGCCAAUGGUGAUUUAAUUAAGUUCAAGGAUGAUCAAGAGGCCAGACCAGAAUCAGAAGAGAACAAAGAUCUCAGGAGUUAUGGAGAUAGUGAGGGAUGAGAACAUGGAGAGAUUUGAAAUCAGGAAGAAUUUUGUAAUCAUGGUGUUUUGCAGAUUGAGAGUCGGUGAGAUAGAGGUUGAAAGAUGAAUGGGAGCUGGUGUGUAUUAGCAUACCAGGAGCAGAGUGUUAGAUGAGCUCAAGAUUAAGGGUGGUGAAACAUGUGAGAGUGACCAGGAAUACAUUAGAUUAGAAACGGGCAGGAAAUUUAUAUGUUCACCACCGAAUGGCCCAGAAUUGCCCCCAGUAUCUAUACUCACAGCAGACUCCCCAUUCCCCUAUCCAAUCUCCAAACCCUGCACAUCAUUAACCUUUGGUGUUGUAGUGGCCAAUACGUAGGAUUUCAGAUCUGGUCAGGAUAUACUGUGCCACCUCCAUGAGAUCUCCCCAAGGUGAUUACCCUGAUGCUGGCAGAGAUUCAGUACAGAGCAUGCUCAUCCCUGACUUUGAAGGUGAUGGGUUUAAAUCCCAUUCUGGAUACAGACUUCUACACUAGUGCAGUACCUGGACAGCACUGCACUGCUGGGGAUGCGGUUUUUCAGAUGAGACAUUAAACCAAUAUUCUGCUUGCCCUCUUGGGCAGAAGCUAUUGGAGAAGAUCAGGGGAGUUCUUCUUGGUACCCUGGCCUAUAUUUAUCCCUCAAUCAAUAUCAUCAAAACAUAUUUGCCUAGAAAUUCAUCCCUGGUUUGUAGUGUUAAACGUAGUAGAAACUGCAUGUUCUGUUCUGCUCCUGAAAUUUAGUUAAUGGAUGGGAUAAUAGUGUAACUAUUGGUGCUGCUGCCUCAUGGCUCCAGCAGGUUGGGUUUGAUCCUGACUUGUGGUCAGAUCCUGUCUGUGUGGGUUUGCACAUUCUCUCUGCAACUGCUUGGGAUUCCCCGUUGACACUUUGAUUUCCAUCCAUAUCCCAUAGAUGUGCUGGUUCAUAGGGUAACUAGCUACUGUAAAUUCCCACUGGUGUCAGUGGGUGUUGGGAGAAUUAGGGUGGAGCUGAUGGGCACAUGAGGGAGAAUAAGAUAGCUUUAGUAGUCACAUGUACAUUGACACACACAGUGAAAUGUAUCUUUUUGUGUAGUGUUCUGGGGGCAGAAAUGCAAGCGUUGCCACGCUUCCGGCACCAACAUAGCAUGCCCACAACUUCCUAACUCGUACGUCUUUGGAAUGUGGGAGGAAACUGGAGCAGCCGGAGGAAACCAAUGCAGACAUGGGGAGAACGUACAAACAAUAGGUUACAGGGAAAUAAGUGGGGGGAAUGAGAUUGAUGGGAUUGUUCUGACAGCUGGCAUAGACUCAAUGGGUUGAAUGGCCUCCUUCCAAGUCAUAGAAAGUACGAGAAAUACCGCAAAGCAUAUUUAGUGCCACUGAUGGGGGAUGAUUUCUAGGCAAUUAUCUGCUCCUAACCAUGUUACUGAAAUUGGGGAUUUGCUGUAUACAAAUAGGUUGCUACAUUUUCACCACCACAGUGAGCACAUUUCCACAGGAGGCAGUAAAGAACUGUGGGGCAUCCUGUGGGAGUUGUAAAAUGUUCCCUAGAAAUGCUGGUUUAAUAACAGGACAAGCAGACAAACUGGGCCAGAGGUGGGACACCAGUAUCGAGAAUCACUCUCACUUUUAUAAGUUGGCAGGAGGUGGUGAUUAUCUGAAAUACCCUGAGUUGCAAAUUUAAGUCCUGAUUAACCCUGGGUUAUGAGGGACAAUUCUUCUCUCUCUGCCUUGGAAGAAGUUUCUUGAUUCUAAUUACAAAUCUGACAAGUAUAAAUCAUCAAUAAAUAUUGCCUUAAUUUCAA